AAUGCAUCUUGUAUUUUCUUUUAUUUUGGUAGUUCUGGUUGUCGGAGCUAUGAUUGAAUCUUUUCAAGUAUCUCGUUUUACAUCUUUGCUGUACAGGAAAUUCAUCGAAAUCGAUAAAUUGUGUUCUGCUGAUUUACCUCUAGAGACCAAAAUGAAGAUGCUGAACUUUAUGAAAAGGUACGGUAAAACUCCAUUUGGAAUAAGCAUCGGUGGAUUCUUUUAUGUUAAGAAAAACUUCUUUAUUCGAGUUCUCAGUGCUGUAUAUUCAUCGCUGUCUGUUUUGACGGAACUUUUAGUUGCAAAGAAACCACCUUCUUGUAAAGUUGAAAUUAGAGAUUUGAUUCAAUAAAGCUAUUGAAUUAAAUUUCUCCAUAGGCUGUUCGAAUAACAGUAGACUUACUACAAGGAAAUGAGGUAUUUUUGUGUUAGAAAAAAGAAAUCGAUUGCCAACUUAUCAGAAAAAUUUGAAAUCUGAAAAAGUCAAAGCAAAUAUUUCUUAGAAACUUUAAGAUUUGACUGUCGACUAUUUUGUAAAAAGUUACUAUAUCCAUUCGACAAUAAAUUUAUG